AUGGCGACUAUAACGGCUACUAAUAUUGAACAAAAAGAUGAACUUUUUGCCCUAUCAAAAACUUUAAUAAAACGCUACGUUAUUUUUAAACCUCGUGGAUCACAACUUGACCGUGAAACAAUGGAUAAACAGCAAGAUCCUUUUCGUGGGUUUUUUACAUUAUUCUGGAUAGCAAUGGCUUUCUAUAUUAUACAGACGGCUACGCAUAAUUUAGAGAGAGUUGGAGCUUUCGUUGAUUUAUCAUUUGCGAGAUUAUUUUCACGUGACGCUUUUGGAUUGAUAUUAAGUGACGCGUGUAUGAUUGCUGCUACUUUUAUUGAUGUCGUGUUUCAAAAGAUCGUUUCUCGCGGUUGGAUAAAAUGGCGAUAUACUGGUUGGCCAUGGGUACAAUCAGGAUUUUUUGUGCUGCAUACAAUUUCAAUGUUGAUGAAAAUCCAUUCUUAUGCAUUUUAUAAUGGAGAUUUAUCUUCUUUGACGAUUCGGCUGAAGAGCUUACGAAAAGAAUACGACUUAUUAUUGGGAUUAAAUAAAAAAUCCGAUAAUGAUAAUGUUAAUGACGAUGCAACUCACCGUCUAUCAGAGACACGUCAAAAGAUUGACGAGAUUGAAAGUUGCAUGAAAAGUCCAUCGGGAAAAGUAUCCUAUCCUGAAAACCUCACUUUCUCGAAUUUCUUUGAUUUCUUGUUGAUUCCAACUUUGGUUUACGAAUUUGAGUAUCCAAGAACUGUAAGAAUUCGGCCUUGGUACGUAUUUGAAAAAGCAUUGGCUACUCUGGGAACUUUUCUCCUUUUAUAUGUUAAUACGGAAACAUAUAUCAUUCCCGUUAUUCCGAGCGCUGCUGAAUCUUUUACUAAAGCUUUUCUUCGAAUGUCUUUUCCAUUCAUGGUUAACUACCUGUUGAUUUUUUAUAUAAUAUUCGAGUGUAUAUGUAAUUUGUUUGCCGAAAUAACUUCGCUGAUCGAAAUUUUUACGAUGACUGGUGGAAUAGCGCCACCUUUGACGAAUACGCACGCAAAUGGAAUAAACCAGUCCACCAUUUCCUUUUACGCCACGUUUAUCAAACUUCAAUCGAUUCCUACAAACUAUCAAAACGAGAUGCGAGUUUCAUGA